AUGUACGCUAGCCCAUUAUCGUCUCCCAGCACAGUCAGUAUGGCAUCAGACGCGCAAAAUAACCCUUUCAUAAGGAAUCUUGCAUCGAGUGAUAAAAAAGUUCGCGAUGAAGCGUUCGAUUCCCUACGAGCGUAUCUUGGUUCACAAUCGCAUAUAGCAGAGCUUGAUCUGCUGAAGCUAUGGAAGGGACUGUUCUACUGCCUAUGGAUGCAAGACAAACCUGCCCUCCAACAACGCCUCUCUCGCGAACUCGCUUCCCUCGUCUCUACGCUCCGUGAACCCGUUGUCCUGCCUUUCCUUCGCGCUUUCUGGCUCACAAUAGCCCGUGAAUGGAUCCACAUUGAAGCUCUUCGGUUAGACAAAUACCUCUAUCUGAUUCGUCAAUACGUAAACGCAUCCUUCCAGUUCCUGAGUCGAAACAAAUGGAAGAGAGAAACGCUGAAGGAGUGGAAUAAGAUCGUCGAGGAGGUGCCGUUAGAAUCUAAGGAUAUGAAAAUUCCGAAUGGGCUACGGUAUCAUGUGCUGGAUGUUUGGGCUGACGAGCUUGAGAAAGUUGGGGGAGUGGAGUUCGAGAAGGACCAGGAGAAGGCGAAAGAGAUUGUGGAAAUUAUGGUGCAGCCGGUCGAGACACUGGCGAAAGAGGGCAGACUGAAAGUCCUAAGAGUCGCGGCGAAAGAGUGCCUGGCCGAUCAGCGAUUAAGAGCUUGGAGAGGGCAAGAGGAUGAGGUUGUGGAUGAGCCCGAAGAGGAAGAUGAAGAGGCUGAGUGGGGUGGCAUUGAUGACUAA